AAUUGUUAUUAUGGUGCAAAACCCCCCAUAUUUGGUGACAAAGACGUUCCUAAGGCAUUGCAUAUCAAGGUAAUCGUCGCCCCCUGCUCAGACACGGCUCGGCUCUGCCUGUUAGCAGACAUAGCGACUGUUCAUGCUAAAAGAAAUGGCGGCCGAUUACGACUCUGAAGUUGAAAAACGUUUGAAGGAAUUCGAACAAGCAGUUACUGAUAUUGGCAAAAUGGAUUUCAACUGCGACAGAGCCUCUUUUUGUGAAGCUUUUAUGAGGCAUGUGUCAGGAAUUCGUGAAAUGAUUUUGUGGUCGACAGAGCAAAGGCUGGAUUUGCAUAAACAGCAACUUGAAAACCUGAAGAGAAAGACUGCCAAAUUCAUGGCGCUAGAGGAGUACGAGAGAAACCAGACUGUGCUUCAAGCGAAGCAAGCGCUGCAAAAAGAGUUACAAGCUCAGCUAAACGAAUACAAAGAUAUGAUUAUGAAGUUGACAGAAGCAUGCACCUGGAUCACAUUGUCAACAAAUGAAAAAAUCAAGCCGUCUAGCAGUGGCAUGGACCUAAUGGGACGGUGCAUUUUGAAGGAAAGUAGAAAGAUGGUGCAAGGGUUGCCAAUUUACGCAAGCAGGACCGAGAUUGUUCAAGCAUUGAAAAACAACCAAUAUAUUGUUUUAAAAGGUGAAUCUGGAUCUGGAAAAAGUACCCAAGUACCACAAUACAUACUGGAGGGCGUAUCAGGUCAACUGACAGGGAAAAUAAUAUGUACGCAACCUAGAAAAGUGGCGGCGAUUAGCCUUGCAAAGAGGGUAGCAUUAGAGCAGUUUGAGGCAGUUGGGAAACAUGUGAGGUAUUGGGUUGGAAUGAACAAAGUCUGUGGAGAUGAAACUAAGUUGGUGUUCAUGACAGAUAGGAUGCUGUUAAACUACUGUUUGGAAAACCCAAAUUUGGAUGACGUUGGAUGUGUUAUCAUAGAUGAAGCCCACGAACGCAGUGUUAAUAUAGAUCUGGUUUUGGGUUUUGUAAAAACUGCAGCUGCAAAGCGAUCUACGCUUAAAGUCGUGGUGACAUCAGCCACCAUUUCAACAAAAUUAUUCUCAGAGUAUUUCUACAACUGUCUAGUGUUUGAAAUUCCUGGUCGCACAUUUCCUGUUGAGGUGAAGUAUGAAGAACAGGAAAACACAAAGGAUGGUGGACGAGAAGAUACUUACAUCAAGCAAGCGGCAGCGAAGGCAGUUCAGGUUCAUGAAAGUGAGGGAACAGGAGAUAUCCUUGUAUUUCUGACUUCCCCACUGGAAGUUGAAAAAGCAAUAGAGCAUUUUCAUAGAGUGUCAAAGAAAGCUUCAGCCUGCACAGUGUUACCACUUCAUGGAAAGCUGCAACCAGAUGAACAAAUGAGAGUUUUUGAAACUGUCAAAGCUGGAAGUAGGAAGAUCGUAUUUUCAACUAAUGUUGCUGAGACAUCUGUAACAAUUCCAGGUAUCAAGUUUGUCAUUGAUACUGGUAGAAUUAAAGAGAAGAUGUUCGAUGCAAAAGUUGGCAAUCGCGACCUGGAAGUGAAAAUGGUCAGCAAAAGCUCCGCCAUACAGAGGAUGGGGCGUGCUGGAAGAACAGGCCCAGGAAUAUGUAUUCGUUUAUACAGCCAAGGUGCUUACGAAAAGCUGGACGAAAACACGGAACCAGAAAUAAAGAAAAUGCAUUUGGCCUCGGCAGUUUUGAGCUUAAUGGCUCUAGGCAUUCAUGACGUCAAAGGUUUUGAUUUCAUUGAACGUCCUGACGACAAGGCGUUAGAAACCUCCUUGGAUGUUCUGCGUAUGAUUGGUGCUGUUGAUUGGGGUGAUUCUAUUACGACGCAAGGCAAGAAGAUGGCCAAGCUUCCUAUUGACCCGCGUACAGCUAAAAUAGUUCUUGAUGGUUUGGAAAGAGGGUGCAAAGACAAGUCAGUCAUACUUGCAGCUGCAACAGUGUUCUCAUCUAACAUCUACAUCAGAUUUGGCAGCGAGGAAGAUAAAGAAAAGUCAGACAUAGCAAAACUCGAUUUCUGCAAGGAAGAAGGAGAUUUGUUGACCAUUGUAGACAUCUUUGAAAAGUGGAAUAGCAAAGAUGGAAAGAGAGAACAAAACAAAUGGUGCGUGGAAAAUUUUGUAAAUGCAAAAUCGAUGCGUUCUAUCAAAGAGCUUGAAAAGGAAAUAAAGUUUGCUUUAAGAGAAGUAGAGCCUAGUAUCAAACCAGACAGCCGUCCUAUUGAAGAAGAGCGAACUCUGUUGAAAAAGCUAAUAACAUCAGCUUUCUACGACAACAUCGCCUACUUUACUGGCAAUUCCCGAUUGGGAUAUUGGAGUCCAAAGUAUUCUCAAAGGUUUCAGUUGCACCCCUCUUCAGUUGUUGUUGCACUUGGAAUGGAGCCGGAAUUUCUGGUUUUCCAGGAUGUCCUCAAAACACCUACCGCCAGUUACAUAACUGGGAUAACCCCAAUCGAGGAGCAGUUUUUGGAGAUGCUGUGCCCCCAUCCAUCCUACAAGAUUGAAUUACAUUCACUGUUAAAUCAAAGAGUUUUUAAGAAAAUCAUUUCACCAGUUGGCUCAGCAGUUAUGAAAGAUCUCAUUGCGAAUCGGGCAGAAAAGAAGAAGAUGCUAGAAAGUGAAAUAACGAAGAAAGGAGAGUUUCCAGGGCUGCUUGAAAUAUGCUCAGAGAAAAGGCAAUUUGUGAUUUAUGCAACAAAAUUGAUGGAAAGCAAAGCAACAAAAUUGCUCAAUGAUUGUGUCAAAAAGAUGCAAAGAAAACUCACGGCUGAAACCAAAGAAAUACAGUUGGGUGGCAAUAGGAUUGGAUAUCGAAUUUUGAUCGGAGCUGGUGGUGAAGCCUUGAGAAUCUUGGAACCGGAUGAGUUUUCUGCAAUUCAAAUUGAGAUUUUUAGUGAAAGAGGUAUUGCCGAUUUUACAGUUAAGGAAGCGAGAAUGAUGUUCAUAGCAAAGCUGCACGGACUUGGAUUGGUGAAACAGAAAUUUAUUGAAGGUAAUUCAUUGAUAUCGGGCAUAUAUUAUUUCAGAACUACCCAGCAAGCCCAUCAAGCCAUAAAGGAGCUUCGGUUGUCUUUUCCGGACUAUCAAGUUGUAACUAAACUUGAAAAUGCACUCUAUGUGAAAGUUGUUGUUAAAUGGUAUCGAAAAAACUCUUGGAUGUUUCGUUCUGGAUUCAUUGUUUGCAACUCGCAUGCCGCUGCACAGGAAAUUCAGAGUAAAAUUCGAUGGUUUUGCCGGAGUGACAAAAAAAAUAUACUGAAAAUAUCUGGCCGACUGAUUGAUAAAAGUAUUGACAAUGAGAAAUUCAGAAAUUCUCUGCAAGAGGACCUUGGGGUCAGCGAAUACAAUAAUAAGGUCGUCAAUGCAUUCAUUGAAUAUAGGAAAGAACAACAUUCGGCAGAAGAAGAGAGCAUCUACGAGAGGAGUUUGCAAGAAAGGCUUGCUGGAAUCCCCUAUGAAUCUAUCAAGAUAUUACCCAUCAAGGACAAGAAAGCAGUCAUCCGUAGAGCUUGUAUACUGUUUGUGAGCUUCCAGGAUGCUGAAGAGGCAGUACGCUGCUUGAAUGGUCCAAGAAUCUUAGGGACACAAGACUGCAGCGCGGCCAUUGAGUUGAAGAAGAAAUUCUAUUGCAAGGAAGCCAUCUUUCCUGUGAUCGACAAGGAUUUGAAAGCCCUGCAGCAUGAUUCAAGAGGUAAGGAUGUAAAAAUAAAAGUGGAAAAUAGCAAGUCAAAUAACAACUGUAAAAUUGUGACCAUCUGUGGGAAGGAUUCGUUGCCCUACAAAAUGCUUUUAAGCCGCUUACAAAGCAUUGUGGAGGGUAAAGUCAUCAGCAAUUUGGUUGUGCCCAGCUUCUUGUACGAAACAUUAAAAAGCAAGAUAUCUGACCUGGAGACAAAAAUUGGAAAUGCAAAGGUCGACUAUGAUAGACGAACAAAACAAUUGCUUCUCUUUGGAAAGCCGAAGGCUCGCACAGUACUGGAGGAGGACAUCAAAAGACUUUUUAAGUCAGUUUCUGAAAAUGAAACGAAAAUUCACCUACGUGGACAAGGAAGGGCAACUGGGCUUAUGAAAGCUUUGAUGCAGAAAUAUGGAAAUGACUUGCGAGGGAUGAUACAAGACAAUGAAGUGAUUCAGCUUAACAUUCGAAGGCAUGAGGUACUGGUCGUGGCAGCGGAUCAAACACAACAACGCAUAAAUACAAUGAUUAACGAAGUUGACGCAAAAUUACAUGCCGACCUUGGUGGACUAAAAUCUCCUGGCACCCAAAAUGAGAGUAUUGGCUAUGAAGACUGUUGCCUGUGUCUCUGCAAAGCUGACAUCCUGCGGUAUGCGUUAGAGGUGUGUGGACACUUGUAUUGUGUUGCCUGUGUAAACGAUCUGCUCGAAACAAGCGAACGGAAUAAGAGUUUUCCAAUCACAUGCUGUAGUGAAGGCUGUUCAAGUAGCCUCGUUCUCAGAGAUAUCGAGAACAUAAUUAAGAGCGAGGAACAACGAGGUCGACUAGCUGAAGCAGCAUUAUCUAAUCUGGUGCAAACAAAUCCAAAGCUCUACAGUUACUGCCCAACGCCAGACUGCCCUAUGGUGUACAAAGUAUCAGAACCAGAUAAUGCUAAACCUUUCACCUGUCCAAAAUGUUUCAGGAAGACGUGCACUGCUUGCCAUAAUGACGCCCAUGUUGGAUUGCUGUCAUGUACGUCAUGGAAAGAGUACAAUAUUUUUGAGUACAACGACAACAGUCAUGUUUUGGAAUGGGCGAGGGGUAAAAACAUUAGAGAAUGCCCAAAAUGCAACAAUCUGAUAGAAAAGAACGGAGGUUGCAUGCAUAUAUCUUGUAAUUGUGGUGCACAUAUUUGCUGGAGAUGCAUGAAAACCUUUUCGUCAAGUGAUGAUUGCUAUGACCAUUUGGGAAGAUGUGGAGGGAUAUUCCCAGGGAACAUGGACCCCCCUGUUCUACACCCUGAAGCGCUACAAGCCGAAAGAGGAGGACAACCUAGACCAUUCCUUGAAAUGCAAAAUACACAGGGAGCUGCCUUUCAAAUUGAUGCAAGGGAUGCAGUGCAGAAUGAGUUGCCACGUGCUGAAAGACAAGCCUACAGAGUGCCACAAUAUCUAUUUACCGAACAUGGCCAAAUUGGGGUAAGAGAUGGUUUGCCACAAAAUCAAGUAACUGAGCAUGAUGAAAUUGAGGUAGGAAAUGCAAAGGAGAAUGAGUUGCCACGCGCUGAAAGACAAGCCCGCAAAGUGCCACAAUAUCUAUUUACCGAACAUGGCCAAAUUGGGGUAAGAGAUGGUUUGCCACAAAAUCAAGUAACUGAGCAUGAUGAAAUUGAGGUAGGAAAUGCAAGGGAGAAUGAGUUGCCACGCGCUGAAAGACAAGCCCGCAGAGUGCCACAAUAUCUAUUUACCGAACAUGGCCAAAUUGGGGUAAGAGAUGGUUUGCCACAAAAUCAAGUAACUGAGCAUGAUGAAAUUGAGGUAGGAAAUGCAAGGGAGAAUGAGUUGCCACGUGCUGAAAGACAAGCCCGCACAAUGCCACAAUAUCCGAUUCCCGAACAUGGUCAAAUUGGGGUAAGAGAUGGUUAUUGCGCACAAAUCAAGUUAAACUGGAUGCCAUUGAUGAAAUUAUGGUAG